ACAUGCAAAAGUAGUUAAAAAGUGUGUUAAUCCGCUGCCUUGUUAGUUAGAUAAAUUCGUGUCGAACGUUUUGCAAAGCUUUGUUGCAACCUGUGCAACAGAGGGAACGGCGUCUACUUGCAGCAGCGACAACGACUCCCGACUCCCCACCCUGCGCACCGCGCUUGCACCGAAAUACCUACAUAUGAAUGUGCUGCAUACAAUCAAACGAAACACAUAUGCACAUGUAUAUACAUAUGAAAAAAACCUGCUGCCGUCGGCCGUAAUUACAGUUAGACACUAAAAUAGCAACACGGUCAGUUAAUUAGGGUACAAAGCGCGAGUUCAGGUGGCGACGGCGACGGCGACUGGAACGACGCCCACGCACGCUUCCAAUUGCAAUUUUGCAAUGGAAAACGAAUCCGUCAAAUCGGAACACAGUGGACGCUCGCGACGCUCUCGCAAUCACAACAACAACAGCAGCAGCGCCGGCGGCGGCGGUGGAGGAGGAGCAGGUGGCGGUGGAGGUGGAGGAGGUGGUGGCGGUGGCACCGUAAAUAACGGAUAUCAUCGGGAUCGUUCGCGCCACUCGCAUCGCAGCACGCACUCAUCCAAGUCGGGCAAGGGACGCGGCGACAUGGCGCCCUAUCAGACCAGUGUAAAUAUGACGGGCGACGAGUCACGUGAUGGCCAGGAGGUGAUUGAGGUGCAAAUUCUGCCGCAAGAUGAGAACUGGGGUGAGAAUACCACAGCCGUGACGGGCAACACAUCCGAGCAGAGCAUAUCCAUGGAGGACAUCAACAAUAUGUGGCAUCGCGAGAACGACAAGGGCUUCGGUUUUGCCUGUCGUCGCUACGUGGAGUCGACAUUCUAUUUUCUGCUCGGCUGUGCCGCAUUCUUCUCACCAGUUGCCAUGGUCGUGAUGCCAUACAUUGGCUUCUUUCCGUCGGCCUUCGAUCAUCCGGAAUUGACGCAAACGGUACGCAUCCAGCUGCUCGCCUGCAGCGAGCAGUGCAAGGGUCAGCUGGUCUCGCUGGCCGCCCGCCUGCUGCUGCUGGCGAUCGGACUGUGGGCGCUGUUUAUGCGCCGGACAACGGCGAGCAUGCCGCGCAUCUUUCUCUAUCGCGCCAUUGUCCUGCUGCUGGUCACCAUUUGCACCUUCGCCUAUUGGCUCUUCUAUAUUGUGCAGGUGACGAACGGCGCCAAGAUUGUGGUCGAAACCGGCGGCGAUGCUGUCGACUAUAAAUCGCUUGUGGGCUAUGCCACAAACUUUGUGGACACGCUGCUCUUUAUACACUAUGUAGCCGUGGUGCUGCUGGAGCUGCGCCAUCAGCAGCCCUGCUACUAUAUCAAGAUCAUACGCUCGCCGGACGGCGUCUCGCGCUCCUAUAUGCUCGGCCAGCUGAGCAUACAGCGCGCCGCGGUCUGGGUGCUGCAGCACUACUAUGUCGACUUUCCCAUCUUCAAUCCGUAUUUGGAACGCAUACCCAUCUCUAUAUCGAAGUCGCAGCGCAACAAAAUCUCGAAUAGCUUCAAGUAUUACGAAGUCGACGGCGUCAGCAACUCGCAGCAGCAGAGUCAGAGUCGCGCUGUCCUGGCGGCGAAUGCGCGGCGUCGGGACUCUUCCCACAACGAACGCUUCUACGAGGAGCACGAGUACGAGCGUCGCGUCAAGAAGCGACGUGCACGUCUCAUCACGGCCGCCGAGGAGGCCUUCACCCAUAUCAAGCGCAUCCACAACGAGCCGGCACCGGCACUGCCGCUCGAUCCGCAGGAGGCGGCACAGGCCGUCUUCCCAUCGAUGGCCCGGGCAUUGCAGAAAUAUUUGCGUGUAACCCGGCAGCAGCCGCGACAUACAUUCGAGAGCAUACUGAAGCAUCUGGCGCACUGCCUGAAGCACGAUCUGUCGCCGCGCGCCUUUCUCGAGCCCUAUCUGACCGAGUCGCCGGUGAUGCAGAGCGAAAAGGAGCGCCGCUGGGUGCAGUCGUGGUCGCUGAUCUGCGACGAUAUCGUCUCGCGUCCCAUUGGCAACGAAUGCACCUUUCAGCUAAUACAGAACGAUGUCUCGCUGAUGGUCACCGUGCACAAGCUGCCCCAUUUCAAUCUCGCCGAGGAGGUCGUCGAUCCCAAGAGCAACAAAUUUGUGCUCAAGCUCAACUCGGAGACGUCCGUAUGACACCAUCAGCAGCAGCGCCAGAGAACUCCGCCCAUAAUCACGCCCACGCACAGCAAUCAAACGCAAUCCUCCUAUUUGCAUGUCUUUGUCUGAUACUCUCCUCUAACCAUAAAUUGGGAUUGGGAUUGGAGUGGGAUUCUAAAGUAAGAAUAUUCCAAUUUUAUGCUCUAUACUUUGUUCGUCCGAUCGAAAAGUGAUGUCCAAAUUUGUAGUAGAGACAAACAUCGAGCCGGUCAACGCCGGGCAAUGCUCGCUAGUAUUUUAUAUGAUUAGAUUAAACUUUUUAGGCAGCUGCUCCUGGGCGUAUUUUAAUUCCGAGUUUUUCUUUGAAUUGUUCUAAUCCAUUUAAAACUCACUUUAAGGAUAAGUUUAGAAUGCUCAAAAGCCCAGUGAAAAAUCUAUAUAAAUAUCCUAAGCUAACGCACACAUAUCACACAAUCCCCUAAAAAAAAAAUGACAAAAUACAAAACUGACUUACAAGUUCCCAAAGUAUUAAUCUUAAGUAAUCGAAGAAACUCAAACAACUUUCGAAUGCAGCUUCAAUUUGUUUACUGCCUUUUUGUUUAGUGUGCAGUUAUUAUUAUUUUAUAGAGAAUAUCAGAUAAGUAAAACCUAUAAAAUCUAUAUAUAUUCCACUUAAAAUGAUAUAGGACUUGCGCCAAGAGUGUGUCGUGGAAUUUCGGGCAAGAUUUUAAAAGUUUAUUUUAAACCCAAACUGCGACUCGACAUAUCUAUAGAGAUAUCUCCUGUAACUCGAAUGUAACUUGUGACAAAUACAUAACUUAAGCAAGAGACUGCAUUAAUGCAUUUUAUAUACACUCAAAUCUUCAACUUAUAUAUACAUAUAUAUUUGUACUAACUACCUAAUCGGUGCUUAGCAACAGACUAGAGCACACACUAGGAACGAAAAAGAAAACAACAGAGAUAAGCUAAAGUAAACAUUUUAUUAUGAUAAUGAUAAUGAUAAGUACUUACAUACCCCCUACAUAUAUAUACAUACAUAUAUAUAUUUAUUGUAGCGACAACUUUGCCUAGUUUUGCCCACGUUUUUAUUUCAUUUUCUAGCCAAAUGCUUUUUACCAGCACCCUUUCUUUUACUCGCUCGAUCCAUGUGAAGCUAUCUAUGGCGUAUUUAUAGAUUUACGUACACUCAAGCUGUAAAAAUACGAAAUGCGAAAUAAAUGUUUUCAACGGCUUUUGUUCAA